GCUCAUCCUUGCCACCAAUGGAAGUAAAGAAGAAAAGCACAAAGUGAAAAUACCAAAUAAUCAUACCAAAGCAAACAAGUUGUAAGGUCCGAUUCUGAAAACAUGUUGAAGAUAGCAAAUCAAACACAGCCAAAUUCACUUUGCUUAACCAAAAAUCCUGUGUCCUGAGAAUGGGAGCGAGGUUGUUUAAGCCGCUAUCACAAAAACCAAACCAUGAUGAAACUCCCAUUGAUCCCACUCCUCGACUCACCUACAAACAACCUAGGAUUAACCAGCCCGUUUCACCCUCACUUCCUCCUCAUCAUGCGCCCACAACACAAUUUUGUUCACAAACAGAAGCACUCCUAGGGAAACCCUACGUUGCAAUAAAACACAUGUUCAAGAUUAUGAAAGAACUUGGAAGAGGAAGCUUUGGUGUCACUUAUCUAUGUGUAGAGAACGCCACGGGACGAGAGUAUGCAUGCAAAUUCAUACCAAAAGAGAAGCUGCGAGAAAGUGACUUUAUUAGAAGAGAGGUUAUGAUUCUGGAGCAUGUUUCGGAGCAACAUAACGUUGUGGAAUUCAAGGGAGCUUACGAGGACAGAAAGAACGUGUACCUUGUGAUGGAGUUGUGUCGUGGGGGUGAACUCUUUGACCGAAUCGUUGACCGAGGGUGCUACCCGGAGCGUGAAGCAGCCACCAUCAUGAGACAGAUUGUGAGUGCUGUUCAUGGGUGCCAUUUCAUGGGUGUCAUGCAUCGAGACCUCAAGCCUGAGAAUUUCUUGUUCGUUUCUAAAGACCAUAGUGCCAAGUUGAAACUCAGUGAUUUUGGAUUCUCUGUCUUCAUAGAAGAAGGUAAAGUGUAUACAGAGAUGGUUGGAAAUGCAUAUUACGUGGCUCCAGAGGUUUUGAAACAAAAUUAUGGGAAGGAGAUAGAUGUGUGGAGUGCAGGAGUCAUUUUAUACAUCCUCUUGAGUGGGCAGCCUCCAUUUUGGGCUGAUAACGAGAAAGGAAUAUUUGAUGAAAUUUUGGGAGGUGUGAUAGACAUGGUUAGCGAGCCUUGGCCUUCUAUAUCUCACGCUGCAAAAGAUUUGGUCAGAAAAAUGCUGACUUCUGACCCAAAGAAACGCAUUACAGCUGCCGAAGCCCUUGAACAUCCAUGGUUGAAGGAAGGUGGUGAAGCAUCUGACAAGUCUCCAGACAGUGCUGUUUUAAUUAGGAUGAAACGGUUCAGAGCAAUGAACCAGAUGAAGAAGAUUGCGUUGAAGGUAAUAGCAGAAAGUCUUCCAGAGGAAGAAAAAAAUGGCCUGAAACAAAUGUUCAACAAUAUGGAUACUGAUAGAAGCGGCACUAUCACAUUGGAAGAACUCAAAUCUGGAUUGUCCAGAUUGGGUUCCCAGCUUAGUGAAUCUAAAGUGAAGCAGCUAAUGUAUGCUGCUGAUAUUGACAAGAAUGGGACUAUUGACUACAUCGAAUUCAUUGCUGCCACUAUGAAUCUGCAUAAAAUGAAGAAGGUAGAGAAUUUGCUGAAGGCUUUUCAAUACUUUGACAAGGAUGACAACGGUUAUAUAACAAGGGAUGAACUUAGACAGGCAAUUACUGAACACCAAAUGGGAGAUGAAAAUGCUAUAGACGAAGCCUUCAACUACGUGGACUCUGACAAAGACGGGAAAAUUACUUAUGAUGAGUUUAUGACCAUGAUGAUAAACGAUGACAACGAUUAGUUAAUCGCCAUUAGUUUUCUCUUACGUUGAGCACUUGUUGCUUGCUGCCAAAGAUUGAAUCACAAUCUUGAAUUGGUCAGCCUAUGUACUUUCUGUAAAAUCUUAUUGCACUUGAAACACAACUUUGUAUAGCUGUUCUUCUAGAAGAUGUAUAAAUAAUACAAAAGUAAAAUGAUCCUGUAAUGUCAUGUAAGAUAAGCAUUACAACUUCCAAAAUUUCAAAUAACUGUAUUCUCAAUACAACAAAGCAAAACUUCCAUUUUUA